UCAGGAUUCUAUCAAGCUGCUACGCAACCCUAACGACGCAUUGGCGUCGAGCCUUGUUUCAUUCAUUCAUCGCCGUCAUCGGCGCAAUAACAGCAGCCGUCUAGCCGUGCGAAUUCGCCGGUACAGUAGUAUCUCCGUACGUGCCAUGGGUGGCCUUGUCAUCUAUCUGCACCCGGCCUCCCAGCCGUGCCGGGCAGUCAGCAUCUUCCUCAAGUUGAACGAUAUCGAGUAUGAGGAGCGGAUCGUCAAUCUGAUGAAGGGCGAACACCGUCAGCCCGCAUACAAAGAGAUCAACCCACACAGCCUGGUACCUGCCAUGGACGAUGGGGGAUUCAAGCUCAAUGAGAGCCACGCCAUCCUCAAGUACAUAAUAGCCUCUCGUCCCUGCAAGGAGGCGUGGUACCCACGUGACGUGCAGAAGAGAGCGCGAGUGGACGCACUUCUGGACUGGCACCACUCCAACACUCGCAGAAACACCGCUGGUCUGGUGUUUAACGAGGUGGUGGCAGCAUUCUUUGGCGUGCAGGGCGACCAGCACAUAGCAGCGGUGUCCCACCGCGGCCUACAGGCGUCACUCUCCACCCUGGAGAACGUCAUGCUGGCGCAGGCAGACCCCGCCGACCCAGCCGCGCCCAAGUUCCUGGAUGGGAGUGCGGAGCCCACGCUGGCCGACCUGUGCAUUGCAUGCGAGCUCACACAGCUGGAGUUGAUGGGGCCGGCAGGCAAGGAGGCGAUACUGGGCGAUUACAAGAAGGUGCAGGCGUGGCAGGAGGCAGUGAGGGCGGCGUGCAACCCCGCCUUUGACCAAGUGCAUGAGACAGUCAAGGGCAUGGCUGCUCAGAUUGCAGCUGCUGCUGCUGCCAAGGAAGAUGGUGAGGCAGGAAAGGAAGGCGAGACCACUUCCGAGGGUGUGUAAUGCGUUGUUGUGGAUACGCAAUAUGAUGCGGUGACAUGACAAUCUAUGUUGUGGGUUGUUAACGAUUCUACUAAAUGUGUGCCAUGCCUCAGCGCAACUAUCAC